UUGUUGCAGAAGUUAACUGGAUAUAUUUGCACAUCUAUCUUUUUUUUUUCAUCGUAAAAAUAUAUUCAGAAAUUUUUCUUUGGUUUGCUUAUUGACGUACGCAUCAGCAAUUAUUUUUUUUCCUGUUGUUGAGAAAAACCCUCAUAUCAAAAUUUGUUUGAAUGAAAACGGAAAAAAAGGGUUGAUUUUUAUCUUCGACAAAACAUUGCAUUUUUUAAAAUAAAUAUUUUCAAUUUUAUUUUUGAUCAAAAAUGAAUCAUCGUAAUUUUAUUUUGUUAUCGUUGUUAUUUUUGUUUAUCAAAUUUAAACUUUCUUAUCAACAAUAUCCGAAUACUGUUUAUGAAGCUGCAAAUGAUGAUGAUAAUGAUGAUGAUGAAUAUGAAUACGAUAAUAAUGUCCGAUCAUAUGGAACUAAUGAAAAUGAUUAUUCAGAACCGAUAAUAACGGAUAAACGUAGAUCAAUUACAAGACCAUUACGUUUAGAUCCUGAUAUAUUACAAGAACAUUUGUAUAGUUUUAAAUCGAAUGUUUUAAAUGGAUCGGAAGUUUCAACAUUAAAAAAUAAAAAUUUUACCUGGUCAUUAUUGAACAAAAAUAAUGAUAAUGGUCGAAUCCAUGCGAAAAAACUAAAACCGGUAUUAAAAUUUCAAUCAAAUUUAAAAAAUGAAAAUGAAAAAACAACCGAUUGGAUUAAUUUGACCAGUGGUAUUCAAUCUGAUCAACCAGCCGUUUCACCAUCAAUGAAUGCUGAUAAUCAAACAUCUAUUCCAAGUGAAAAUGACGAUGAUGAUGAUGAUGAUGAAGAGGAGAUCCGACAAGAUGGUAAAAAAAUGCAAGGAAUUUCGCCUCCAACAAAACCAAAAACUUCAAAUGCUAAUGCAAAAUUAUUUCCGAAUGAAAAAAAUGAUGUUAUUCGAUAUGCUUAUGCUGGUAAUCGAACAGGAGAAACUAAUAAUAACAAUAGACCAAUAUCAUCAAAUCCAUAUCGGCCUUCAAUGUAUCCGGGGAUUGUCAAUCAGCCAUAUUAUCCACGAUAUCAACAAUCAAGCCGACAAUAUUACCGUCAACAACCACCAAUCAUUAUUAACGGUAAUCAACAGCCUUAUUAUUCAUAUCAGCCAAAUAUUUUCGCUUCCGAUACUACCGCCGUUGCAAAACGCAAUUGGACAUGCGAAAUAUCAUCAUAUAACAAUUGUUCAAUAGUAAAUGAUCCACAAACUGGACCAUUAUUUCAAGUUAAAAAUUAUAAUUAUUUUCCAUAUCAAUCAACAUCAAAACCAGAAUGGUAUUUAGUAUUAAAUACAACUACUUUUCCUGAUAAUAAAAUUGGUGCACGUUUAAUUACACCAUACUUACCACAUAAUCAAGCUUCAAAAGGUUGCCUUACAUUAACAUUCAUAACAACUGGUAAAGAAUUGGACAAAAUUAUGGUCCAUCAACAGGACAUUGAUGAUAAAUGUAUUUAUUCGGGUUUACUUUCAUCACCGAUUACCAGUCCUUCAAUUGGUCCAACUGCUCGAAUGAUGCAACAACAAUCAGACCGUUUAAUUGAACAUAAUGUUGAGCUUACAAUUAAUCUUCGCCAAAGUGAUCCACGUUUUUUCAUAGAAAUCUAUGUAAAACGUUUGACAACACGACAAAGUAGUUUUGCUUUUUCCAAAAUGAAUCUUGCUUAUGAACAAUCAUGCCAAAAUGAUCAAUCAAAUAAUUGUUUUCAAAACAUAUAUCCAAGUGCCAAUAAUAAUCAACCGAACAAACGAAAUCAAAUACCUGUUGAACCUUGAAUACACCUUUUUCAUUUAUGAUUACAAUUAAUCAAUGUAUAAUUUAUUUUUUCAUCAUUUUGCUUAAAGAUUUUUUUUUUAAAAACAAAAUUUAAUUGAACAUAAUCCAUUAAUUUCUAACAAUAAAUUAAUUUUCUUUUUCAAAA